AGUUAUAAGUUAAGCUGCCACUCCUUAGGUUUCUUCAGUCUGCAUACCAGCUCUCAGGCUUGACUUAGUUUAUUUUUUAGGAAAAGCCAUCAUGGACUCAUCAGCUUGCCCUCGUUCUACUGAUUACAUUCCACUCAGCGCCUCCAAACAGAGAGAUCCUUCAGCUGUUUCGCCCACAGUCAUUCACAUUGGACCUCCUGUGCUUCCUCCAAAGGAUCACAUUCUCUGGUCCUUAUGUAAUACCAUGUACCUGAAUCUGUGCUGCCUGGGUUUCACUGCUCUUGUUUACUCUGUGAAGUCACGUGAUCAAAAGAUUGCAGGGAACCUCGAUGGGGCACGCCAUUAUGCUGCUAAAGCCAAAUGCUACAAUAUCCUGGCAACAAUGUGGAACAUCCUUAUUCCGUUGGUGCUUAUCGCACUCAUCAUUACAGGGGUGAUCCAUCUCUCUAAAAUGCUCCAGGAGUCCUAUAACCUCUUCAGCUACAAAAACACAGACAGCUCCUGGAAUGACAUUGGAAAAUAACCAUGUCAAGAAAUAAUGUCUGCCUGAAGAGCCACACUAAACCAAAUUUCCUAAUGAGGACUUUCUAAUGCACUUUGAAGUUGUACAGACAACACUUAUACUGGAGUAUCUGCCUUCAGUUUUAAAGCAGUAGACUGCAAAUAAACCUAUAUUAUUUUACAAUAUGCUGAUAUUGCUUCCUCAGAGCAAUUUGAUAUUAAUUAUAACAAAUUUACAUACGCAGAAUUUAUACUAUGUUAUCCUAUGAUAAGAGAUAACGGAGCAGGCUAUAUAAUGACUUCAACAUUUGUGGCAGACAGGUAACUGACCCUACGCAGGUUCUUCUUGCUGUAAUUACAUGAAUAAUACAGAUAGGUUAUAGUAUUUUUCUCUAAAAAAUGAUUUUGUCUGUUAAGGUUUACCAUUUUAAGAAUUGCAUUUUUGCCAAUGUUGUAAUACAGCCAUUGAAUUCUCAUAAUUUAUGAUACAUGAUUUAAAGUCAACAGAAUAAAAUUUUAAAGAAUGUU